AUGUCACCUCUGAGAGCAGCGGUCUCCUUCUUCGCAGCGGCGAGCUGCUGCUUCAGCUUCUCAACCAUUGCAUCAGGAGUGGAGCGGUUGGUGGUGACCACCCAAGAGUUCGAUGAAGAUCUCCCGGCCGUCUACAGCACCCACACUGCAGCCACUCACGCCUCUGCCGAGGGACCUCCGCACGGUAACCCUGGCAUCACCUUCACUUCCUACUCCAGCUACUCCACCCUUAACUGCUACAACCACACCCUACCGUAUGCCACCGGCGCCAACCAGGCCUACAACGUCCACUCUGCGUACUCCCUAGCCCCGCCUUGCAACUUCCGGGCCUUCAGCUCCUCCUGCAGCACCACCUCAGGAGUAUGGGCACCCCAUCCCCCCCAGUUCUCGGCCUUCCCCAGAGCGCCCUCCUACGCCAAGUCCAAGGCCAGCGCGCCCUCCAGGCCGUCCUUCUACCUCGGCAUCGCCAAGACGGUCCCCGUCUCCAAAGACCAUCCUCGUCCUCUCACAGGCCACCUCUUCGGCGCCGCAGGCUGCAAAGUCCUCGACCUCGCGCUCCCGUACCUGACCGUGCAGGUGACCGUGAUCCCGCUGGUGAUCAUCUUGCCAGCGCUCAUGGUGAUACCCAGCCCAGAGUACUCCUCCCUCAAGUACCUGAAGCAGCACACCUCCCACCUGAUUUCCACCACGGUCAACCAGGACAUGCUGAAGUAUGUCGCUGCGUUCCUUGACGAUGCGAACGUUGACAUGAGCCACGCCCGCAUCAGGCACGUGCCCUUCGUCCCUCAGGAUUCCGGCAACCCCACCGUGGACUACCUCUUCCAGCAAGGUACGCAGCUUCCUCCGCACUUCCGCAGUGAUGCUCAACACCUGGACUCCACCACCGAAAUUCGCGGCCUCCGCCUCUACCGGUACGUGCAGCCAACCCAGUGGUCCCGCAGAAAAGGCGUGGCCGGGGCGGAUGUGCUCACGCUUCCUCUUGCAGCGCUCCUUCGGCAUGGCGUGGAGGACUGGAGCCUACGUCCGCUGAGUGAGGGCCGCUUUGCUGCCCCGGUCAUGCGCAGGUCCAUCGCCGAGGCAGUGCUGGUUGCAUCAAUGCUGAACGCCAUGACGGAGCAAAAUCUCGAUCCUGACGCACUUUGCCUUGCUCUAUGGCAUCAGAUCGUGCCGGCGGUCCCCAUCCCUGACAAGCGGACCCAGGCCAUGGAGUUCAUGCAGCCCCUCACCGACCACAUUGUGCGCAAGCUCACAGAGCUCCGCGGUCAGGUCACGGAGUCGAACAUGGUGCAGCAGGUUCAGGAACUUCGCCAUCAGGUCCAGCGCCAAGACCCCCGAUGUCGCGGCAAGAAGCGCAAGGCACAGUCCACUCCGGACAUCGACUCGGUGAUUCACGGGCCUUGUGAUCGGCACUUGCCCUCCUUCGAGCUCCCCAAGACCCUCACGGAUGCCCGCGGAGUGUUGGUGCAGCCGCCGCCGCAGAUGGCGAAGGCGUGCGUUGCGGCCAAAGUGAUAGACCAGCGCCAGGGAGGUCAGCCUGAGCAUCUGAACAGCGUAGGCUACGGUGCCGGGCACGAAGGCCGCGACGUGGUGUACCUCAAGCAGCAUCUUCGCGUGCCCAUUGACGGCGUCUUCAGCUUCACUACAAACGGCCACAGCUACAUCGGCAGCUCGCACAUCGGCAUCAUCCUGCGUGAACUCUAUGCCCUCCACCGGCUCAGCGGCCUCGUGCAGCAGCCACAACGCCAACGCAUACAGCAGCAGCUUCACCAUGUGUUCACGUUUCGCAACUUGUACCUGCCUCGCAAGAACCUCGCCCUCGCCAUUCCCUUCCUGAGUCACCCGGACUUUAGAGAUGUGGUGCAGCGGGCCCUACGUGCCAUCAUUGUGGAACACAAAGAGUGGGCUUUGCCUCUACAUGCGCACACCCACAUCCUGCGUGAGCUCCCGCAUCGGCGCGCCCGGGAUGUCCUGUGGAACUACAACAUCUUCAGCAGCUCCCUCGAUCUACAGAGUUUCAGCACACUGGACGACUCGCCCAUCAUCGGCAUCUCUCUGCGGGCGCAGCAGCCUACCCCCGUCCCGGUGCACGAGCUCUACACCUACCAGGAGGCUCUACUGGACAUCAUCACCCUGCAGGAUGUCGACUACUCCGUGAUAAACGACGACCUGGUCGGGUUCUUCAACUCGGUGCCGCGGUCCAAGGUCAUCCAGGCAGUACAGGACAUCAUCGACAUAGCGCAAGGCUCCUUCGACUCCCAGCUGUCGCCUGUCCUCAGCCAUGUGUGCGUUGCCUACCAGGCACGCUGUCGGCCCUCCGGCUUUCAGUCCCGCCUCAGCCUCAUCGUGAGUACACCAGCCAUUCAGGGACUUCGAGACCUCUACCUCCGAACAGAAUUCCUAGCAGAUGUCCUCGACAGGGUCAGCAAGUCCGGAAAGGUCAAGCAGCAGCCCCCCACUCACAAGACCAACAGUCGAGGUGGCAGCAGCAGCAAGGGCAAGGUCAAGUCCAAGGACGACACGCCCAAGCCUGCAGUACCUACGGACUCACAGAUUGAGGACAUCUUCGCGCCAUCCCCAGCCGGCUCCAUCAGCCCCUCCCAUUAG